AUGUCUCGCAGUGUAAAAAGAAUAAAACUAGAACCAACUGCACGUUCAAAUGGAAAUCGAAAAGAAGUCAAACAUCCUCUAUAUUCAGGUCAAUUUAUGACAUCAAGUAUAGAGAAUGAUCCAGAACCAAUUGAUGUACCAUGCCCAUCACCGAUUCCCACUGCACAAGGUUUACCUUUUCUUAAUGAUGGACCACGAGGUGAACCAGAACGACGAACAGAAGCAAAUGGUCAAUUUAAUAGUUUAUAUUCUUUUCUACGUGUUUUUAACAAUGUAUAUAGAUCGAAUUUAACAUCACCAAAAUGGAAAAAUUUUCGUGGAUCACGUAUUGAAUGUCAAGAUAAAAUUCGUUUAAAUAAUGUUAUUUGGCGAACAUGGCAUCAACAAUAUAUUUUAAAUCGAAAUACUGUUGUUUGUCAAUUUGUUUCUCCAUUAGAUACAACUCAAACAUUACCUACACCAUUAACUCAACAAUUUAAACAACAAAUAAUCAAUAGUUUAAAAGGUGAAUAUAUCAAAUGGAGACAAAGUUCAAAAAUAGCAUUAAGAAAAUUUGAAAAUGAUAUAACGAGUGAAGAAAUGAAAAGUCUUUUGGGAAAUGUUGGAGAAAUUCAUACACCAAAGAUUAAUCCAAAUUUUCGUCGUAUUGCAACACCACCACCUGAACCAUAUAAUCUUUUUGAAGAAUUUGAUUUAAUUGAAGAUCAAUUACUUUUUUCAACAACAAAUAUAUUCAAUGAUAAAGAUGGUGGUCUUGGUGGAAAUCCAGAUUUAUAUCAACCUGUUAUGGGUCAAUAUCAUUUUGAUUUUAAUUCUUUAUUCGAUGAUUUCGAACAACAACCAAUAAAUCAUGAUAUGUUCAAUAUGAGAUGUCAUAAUGAUUCAUUACCAACAUUACAACAUUAUCAACCACAAACACCUUAUACAUUAAAUCUAUCAACACAAACACAACAAAAUUUACAUCAUUUUCCAACAUUAGUUUCUCCACCUAAUGAUCGAUCAACUCUUUCAAUUGUACAUCAAAAAAAUCUUCUAAAUCAAAAUAAUUCUCAUAUAAAUGUUAACAAUUUAAAUCAAAUGAAUAUUUAUAAUAACAAUCAUUAUGAACCAUUAACACCACAAACACUUCCAUUUGAUACAUAUUCACCAUCAACAUUAUCAAAACCAAUUGGUAACGAUAAAAAUAUUACUCAAUUAAUAUCAUCAUCAUCAUCAUCAUCAUCAUCACCAACAAAUAUUAUGAUAAAUACACCACAAACACCUUCAACUUAUUUAUCAACCAUGAUAAAUAAAUCAUCUCCAUCAUCAACACUUGUCAACCUUCUUCAUCAAAAACGUUCACCAUUAAUAGAACAAUCUGUAUCACCAAGUACUAUAUCAAAGGAAAAACAAACUAAAUCAGUUAGAAAUACAAGAAAACCUGCACAGAAAAAAACGCAAACUAAACGAUUAGGAACAGUAAAUAGUAAUAGUCAUAGUCCUAUUCAAAUGCCAAAUCCAAAUCAAACGAUGUUAACUUUUCCAUUAACUCGUAAGGCUAAAACACAACGUUCUGCGUCUAUUAUUGGUUCGGCAGAUAUGCCUUUGAAUAUUCCACAAGAAUAUUCUACAGCAUCAUCUUUAUUAACAAAUAAACAUAGUAUAUCAACACCUGAAAAUAUGUCAUACUUAAAUAAUGAUAUGCUAAUGGAAACAUCUACAUUAUCAAACUCAAAUGCUGAAAGUAAACGUCGUCGUAAUAUAAAAAACGGUUUUGAAAGUCUUCGUACAUUAAUUCCUGAACUUAAUGAUCCAGUAAAUGCAAAAAUAAGUAAAGCUCAAAUGCUUGAAUGUACUGCACAUCAUAUUCAACGAGUUAUUCAAUUACGCGAUAAAAUGAAAGAUGAAGUUGAAUUAUUACAACAUGAACAAGAACAAUUACAAUAUAAAAUAUCUCAAUAUCAAACAAGUUUACCUGUUGAUGGUAUUCCAACAGUAUCAACAGCACGACGAUCACGUGAGGCAUCAAACGCUCUUUUUCGCGCAUAUAUUGCUGAUCGUACACGAAAAAAUUGGCUUUUCUAUCCUUAUUCACUUAUACUUCAACGUAUGUUUGAUACAUUUCAAAAUACUGUUACAUGUGAAUCAUCGGAAGAUUUUAUACGUUCAUUAAAUGAAUGGAAAAAUCAUUCUCUUAGUCUUGGACAAUUACGUCAAUCAGCUACGCAAGCAGUAGUAGAUAUUGGACGAACAACAUCAUUAAUUACAGCACCUGAACGUGCACCAGAUGAGUGUAUUCGAUUAGCAACUAAUGAUAAUCAAUGA